AUGCCUGACAAAACCAUUACUGCUGAGUUUGAGAAGCUGUUGACAGAGCACAGUUUUGACGCUGUGCUGGAGCCCCUGAGGAAGCUGGAUGAUAGAGAAAUCUCGACCAAAAUUGAGCGCAUCCGGGGCCACACCAGUUUGCCAGCUUUUGUGGCGAAUAUCAAACAACGUGGUCAGGAGUAUGCCAACUAUGUAUUUGGUGUUACUUCAGAACCCCUGGAAGAGAUUGCGGCUUUUCACCUGUGGUGUCAAGCUGAACGUACUUGUCGCCCAGCCACUCCAGAGAAAUCCCAAAGUCCAACGACCAAUGCUGAUGCCCCCUUGAGUGCGAUCAGGGCUGUCCUCACCCGUGCUACAACGGUUGAUCUGGCACCCCCGCCACCCCCACCACCAAGCGCAGCUGUGGUGCAUGAUGCAGUGGUGUCUCCAGAGCCCAAUGCAGUUCAGGAGCCAGAGAAUAUGGUGGAGGCAAUGGUGAAGGACACUAGUAGCCAUUUGAGUGCACUUGAGACUGCACGCACUGGGCUGGAAUCUAAGAUUGCCGAAGGCAAGGAUGAGGACGAAAUUCGUGUGGCCACGCAGUCAUUGGUCAAAGUUGUAAAGGAUUACAAGACUGCGGCUGGACAUGUCAAGAAAGCAAGUGCCAAACCGAAGCCAAAGGCUUCAAAGGCCAAGCAGCCCGAUCCAGUUGGCUCUGCUUGA